AUGUGAUUCGCCUGAAGGAUGAGUUGCUAAGCUCCAUUUCGGAAAGUGUCUCCGAAGCGUUCAUAGAUGCUUGUGCUGGUCAUAUGUCCUCUUUUGUGACGGGAACAUUCAAGAAGAAGCUCAAUGGAGUUACUGGAAAGGUUGUUGACAAUGUACUUGGCAGACACAAAACUGAGGCCUUUUUCCAGGACCGGCAGCAUAAACAUGAUAUGAAGUCAGCCAGUCAGAAGGCUGGGAAAGCUCUGUCAGAGACUGAAACAAAAGAACUUCUGGACUAUGCAGAGAAGAUUGGUGAUGUUAAUCGACCAGCCUCGGCCCUGGACAUUUAUGUCCUCACAAACAGUGACCUGCUCCAUGGUAAAGGCAUCCAGUUCAAAGUGGUGGAUCAAAAUGGGAAAACGCUCUCAGAGGAGUCCUACCCGGGAACGAACAGCUCAGCCGGCCAAAUCACUCUACGGCUGACCAAAGAGCCUGAGAAAACACACAGUGAGAAAGGAAUCCUCUCUAAAGCAAAAGACAGAAUCCAAGGAGUGGAAAGUCCAUACAGUGGUCACUUUGACAUCAUCCAAGAUGGCAAAGUAAUCCCUGUGCGCUCAGAGAACAAGAACUGCCUGUACCAUGCCCUAGCACAGGCAACAUCUAACAGGUCUGAGGAUGAGAUCACGAGUCAAGCUGUGAAUCUACGAAACAAUGUUAAAGACCAGAUUAAAGGGAGCCUUCAGGCUUAUAGUGAAAUGGUUCAAACCCAGAAGGCCUAUGAUGCACUCGAGAAAAAUCAUGGAAAAUAUGCUAUAGUUGAGGGGCCAGGAAUAGAAAACGGACGAAUGAUGAUAUGA